AUGGAGUCUCCAAAUGAGGAGGGCUCACCAAGUGCUAAUUGCAAAUGUUGCAACCUUACUAUUGAUGAGUCUGAGUACGAGCACCGAAAUCUACAUCAUAAAAGGAUGCAGUGCAAAGAAAAUCAUGCGCCAGUACGUGGAAUACAUAAGAAACUUAAAGAAGAGGACGUCGUUGUUUGUGAAUGCAAAUAUGGUGUCAAUGAUCCUGAAACUGCUUGUGGAGAAAGAUGCUUAAAUGUACUGACCAGCACUGAGUGUACACUAGGAUACUGUCAGAAUGGUGAAAAUUGCAGGAAUCAGAGAUUCCAGAAAUGUGAAUAUGCAAAAACUAAGUUGUUCAGGACUGAAGGGCGUGGUUGGGGUCUUUUAGCUGAUGAGAAUAUAAAGGCUGGACAGUUCAUCAUGGAAUACUGUGGAGAAGUGCUAUCAUCUGAAGCAGCAAAGAAAAGGUGUCUGGCUUAUGAAGCUCAUAAGGUCAAGGACGCAUACAUUAUUUCAGUGAACGCGAAUUAUUUCAUUGAUGCUACCAAGAAGGGAAGUCUAGCAAGAUUCAUUAAUCAUUCAUGCCAACCAAAUUGUGAAACAAGGAAAUGGAUAGUGUUAGGGGAAACAAGGGUAGGAAUAUUUGCAAAGAGAGAUAUAUCCGUUGGAAUGGAACUUUCAUAUAACUAUAACUUUGAGUGGUAUGGUGGUGCACCUGUUCGUUGUCUUUGUGGAGCUGCAAACUGUUCUCUUUUUUUGGGUUCCAAAUCUCAAGGAUUUAAGUUGGCUCAGGAGUGCAGCCAUGUCUGGGAAGAAGAGGAUAACAGAUAUAUCGUGGAUAAUCUUCCACUUUAUGACAUGACGGAUGAUGAUAAAUCUUCUCCAGUGAUCUCUGGAACUAGUGGAGGAAAUAAGCACACUUAUAAGGUAUUGAAUGACAGUGAGGCGUCUACGUUCAAGUUGGAACAAACUAAUAGCAAAACCAAGAAGAAGUGUCAGCCCAAACCCAAGCUGAAGGUCAAAUAUCCCAUUCUUAAUUUUAAGAUGACUGUGUGA